GCAAGUUAGAGAGUUUGGAAAACUAGGUCGAUCAGAACGUUCAUGCAAAAACUAUCAACAGAAAUCUUACUCAGACCCGUUCUUAUAAGUUUUGAUUUUGGAAAAAACGUUCAGUGCAAAAUUCAAUCCUUGAAAAAACAAAAAACUAAGAAAACCACUGAGUUAUAGAUGCAAUUUCCGUGAAAAAAGGUAAAACAUACCCAUACACUUGACAGAAGCAACUGAAGCUGAAGGAACAUGAACUACCAAGAUAUGUACGGAAGCCAUGGAUUCGAUUCCCAAUCCGCUGGUCGAGGCAGCAACUUUGAGUUUCGGUUCUCUGGACCGGAAUCCAUUCCGAAUGCGGUGAGGCGUUACAAUGCAUUGCGAGGUGCGGAAUUGGCGCAGAUGAAGCGGCAGCGGGAAAUGGGCAGAUCCCAUGUGCCCAGCAUGCCGCGUUUCUGCAAGGUACGUCGUCCUGGUCAGGAUGUGACCAGCAUGGUGACCUCACGCGAUCUGGACGUGGUCACCCAGCUGUCCCUCGAUUCCGAGUCCAUCUACAAUGACGAUGAUAAUGAUGAUGAUGGUGAUGAUGAUGAUGAUGAUGGUGAGGAUGAUGAUGAUGAUGAUGAUGAUGAUGAGAAUGAUGAUGAUGAGAAUGAUGAUGAUGAGAAUGAUGAUGAUGAGCAUGAUGAGGAGGAGGAGUAUGAUGGCAGUGAGUUAAACGACCUGCCAAGUAACAAAUACCAAGCACAACAGUCUCCACGUCUUUGCGGUGGUUCCGAAUCACCGAAAGUUGCCAAGAAGAAACUCAGAAGCCGUAAGAAGCAGCUGGCCACGAGCCGAAGAAGGAAUCAUCAUGUGGAGGCGAUGCAGCAGGAUCACACCUACGAGAGAUUGGAGGAACUGCAUCGUGAGGUGUGUGCGGAGCUGCAGAGCAUGGGCGAGUCGUCGCCAGUUAGUCCCGAUGCCACGCCGCGUCCCAAAGUGCUGGCCAAGCAGCGAAGGAUUUGGGCCAAGAAGCAGAGGACGGCACUGGAGAAUAGUUCGCCGGCGCGAAUGGGUCAAGUAUCCUACGAGGACUAUCAUAAGCCGCAGCCCAAGUGGGCGGACAUCCUGCCCUCGGAGAUGGCAUCGCAGGCGAUCAAGGUGAACGUCUGCCAGGCGCAAAAUGCCACUUCCCUGUCGGCCUACGAGUUCAUGGAGCAACAUGGCACCGUGGAGCCAGAGCCAGUGAUGCCCUUCUUCCUCGAGGACAGCGACCUGGAGCACGAGUAUGUCGAUCGUCCGGGCUACAUGCGCUACGUGGAGUCCAAGCCGGAGUACACCACCAGUGAUUCGGAGCGGGAUAAUCAGGUGGAGCAGCCCAUGCAGCCGGUUUUUGUGGAGAUGGAGAGGCGACCCCAUCGGCUCAGCUUGCUCAAGAGUCUCUCGCCCAUGAGAUACACCUCGCAGCGGUCGGAGGAGACGCUACGUAUCCAGGAGCAGAAAAACCAGUUGCAACCCUUGGAGCUGCCCAAGCCACCACAGUCCAGGCGGGGCAACCAAAGGCAGGCGGCAGUGGAUGCUGCUCCAAAGAGUAGUAGGCCACGCCGAACUAAUGUCAUGGCGAGUGCCGCGGGAAGUCACAGGAAUCCGGCCAAUCCAAGGACACGACGCAGCUCUGCCGUGCCACAGAGCUCACCACAACCCCCCAAUGCACCUAAUCCCCCAAAUCCCCUCAAGGAGAUCGUAACCACACCGGAAAGGCUGAGCAGACGGCGCAAACCGAAACCCAUGGUGGUGUACAGCAAAUCGCUGGAGGAUCUGAAGAUUGAAAAGCUGGCCAUCUACAACAAGAUCACGCUGACGCAAGAGCGUAUCAUCAACGCACUGGACAAGCUGCAGACCAGUCUGCUCCACCUCCAGGUGCCCCAUUGCAGUGCCCAGGAGCGGCAGAAGCGCCAGCGCAAUGCCUUCGAAUUCUGCGUGCGCUUCUCGAGGAACUUCCUCUACCCAUUGAAGGGAAUGAUCGACGAUGUGCGCUACACCACGGUGGCCAGCUUCCAUAGUGCCCACUCCAAUGAGGCCUGCCAGCGGGUCGUCUGUGUCUACGGCCUGAUGCAGCAGUCCAUCCAGACGUACCAACGGCAACUGCGCUACUUCCUGCUGGAGAAGGUGCCCCAGAAGUUGAGCGCACUCAUUGAGAUGAUCUACACGAUGACCAAUUGCUGUUUGGACAAGGGCAUGCUGGAUCGCCAGGAUCCGGUGGUGGAGUGCCUGCAGGAACGCUGCACACGAUUCCUCAGCUUCAUCGAGGACAUGCAGGAGGAGCGCUUCAAGUUGGCCCGCGAGGCGAUGCGGCGUCUGCGCAAGACUCAUCCACUGGGCAACCAGAGUGCUCGCAAGCAUGGCAGCAAGAAGAAGUCCUCGCAUCCACCGCGUGCACCCACUCAGCCGAGGCAGGAGAAGAUGCGUUCGCACGAGCGGUACGAUCUCAAGAUGUGCCUGAAUGACCUGAAGCUCUACGAGCCGCGUCUGGUGCCCAAGGAGCGUCCGCCGGCGGAGAAGCAGCGACCACCACGGCUGCGUCGUCCAAGGAACACUCCAAAUGCAACCAACACUCCGGGGAAUCCAGCAAAUCCGGCUGAGAAUGUUAAUGGGCAGCUGGAACAACAGCCCGCUGAUAUGGAGGCGCCAUCUCUGGGAGCCGACGAUAUGCAAACCCAGAUGCAGAUGACCGCCGAUGGUGGCACCAGCAGUUCACUGAGCCUGCUGCCCACUUUGGGUUAUGGAGGUCAGCGCUUCGGUUACGGGAAUGUCCAGCCGGAGAGCGCAAGGUCAGCGCCGCGGGAGGAGCAACUGCAUCGCGUGUUGCUGGAUGCCCUGCACCUGGUGUCCCGUUCGCAGGUGAAACAGGUGCUGGAUCCACUCAUACGAUCGCUGGGCGUCAUCCUGGCUGAGAAGAGCGCCCAGGGCGGAGGUGUCCACCAGGAGCGGUAGAUAUUCUGUGCAUCAAUCAAAGCACCUAUUCAUCCAUCUAAAUUGUUGAUUUGCCAAAUUGUUAAACUAUUACUCACUAGUUUAAAUACUAUUCAUCGAUCAAAUGCCAAAUUGUUAAGUAUUCAUUCGUAGUGCGAAUAAAAUGCCAACUUUGAACGAAUUAAA